AUGACUAAUACAAUCGUAUUAGCCUGUGCUCUGCAAAUCAGUGGUUGUGGUGCCUGUUGCAUGAAUGCAGACAACUACAGUAUUCUUAUUCUUGCAGAUCAGAGAACGAUACAGAUAUCUGUGUGGCAGUCAGCAUUUCAUGGUCUUACAAUCUCUGUGGUGAUCAGAGUGCCAGACGACUUUCACACGCCGUUGGACUACUACAAAGAACUUCAGGCAGGGGCCAAGGCUAAUGGCCUCGAUCUUGUUCCAGUGAUCGAGGCAAAGCUGGGCAAGACGCAUCCACUCCCAAUGGCGCUUCGCGGUGAUACCGAGGCAGCCAAAGCCAACUGGCAGUCGAUGAGGAAGGCUCUGACAUUCCAGCCACAGCGCAGUCGCGGUUGGAAUCCAGCACUUGGAGGAAGCGCAGGUUCUGGGGUUGCUGAGGACAAGUGGGGCUCACUGCUUGCCGCUGCAAAAGAGGCCAAGGAUACAGAAGGCAAAGCUGCCGCUGGGGCAGAGGAAGGGCCAAGUGCGUCUGAGGAGAGAGCCAAUGUUCCAAAGGCUGCACCGGCUGUUGCGGCAGCGGCUGCCACAGCAGUUGCCCCAGCGGCUGCCACAGCAGUUGCCCCAGUUGCCACAAAGGACCAACUGGCUGCUCCAAAGGAUGUACCACCUGCCACAAAGGAUGCAGCAGUCGCCAACGGCACAGCCAACGCUGCAGCUGCUGAACAGGAACCAGGGAAAGAGGCAAAGGAUGUGUCCAAAGAAAAAGCAGUGGUGCCAAAGGAUGGGUCAGCCGAGAUCAGGGAAAGGGGCAUUCUGUUGCCACAACCAAUUGACGGGAAGAAUGGCAAGGGACUGGAAGCUGUUGGAGAGAAGCCAAAAGGGGACGACGAUCAAGAAAACAAGCCCACAGUCGCCAACAGGACUAGAGGAGUGCCUGCCAGUGCUGCCAAGGACAGGGGCAUGCGUAUGCCUGUGCGCGAUGAGACAGGUGGUGGCAAUGCACGGGGCAAUAAGUGCUGCAUGUGCUUUGGCAUGAGGUGA